CUAAAAGACACGACAGAGGUUCAAGGCGAGGGGUGCGGGAGAAGAGCUGAGGAUUGUACCUGCUGGGAAUCAAGACAGUAAAGCCAGAAGAACAAAGGAGUUUGGACAAUUUUUUUCCUUCUGAGACAACUGACCACAGCAGCGCUGACUGAUAGAAGAUGGACAUCCUUGAGACUCACGCCUAUCACAGGCGGCAGAGAAGAAAUGAGUCCUGUGCUCUCUUUUUCUUUCUCUUGCCUUUCUUUUUGUCUGCAGCUUUGUACUUCUACCUCUGGACUCCUGAUUCCCCCCCGUCCAUCAUAUCUGCAGGUGUCAAAUCUGCACCAGUACUCCUACUGGCUGUAGCGGUGCUGAGCUGGAAUGGAGGUCAGAGUGUUUUGGGUGUGGUGGGAGGACUGGUCUUCUCUGCUGUUGGUGAUUGCUGCCUAGUGUGGCCUGAGCUUUUUCUGCAUGGAAUGAGUGCAUUUGCUGUGGCUCAUCUGCUGUACUCACUCUCCUUCCUAUCCAGACGUUAUGCAACACAUUCCUCUUCCUGUUGGACCCGUUUUUUGUAUCUGGUCUUGUUCAUGGUUGGAGGAGGUUACUACAUAUUUCUAUUUCCUUUUCUACAGAAAGACCCAAAGGCUGAUGUAUUAACUCCAGCUGUUGGAGUCUACUUUGCCUUAAUUAUUCUAAUGUGUGCAUUAGCGGCAAGAUCUGGCAAUGUAGCAACACUGUUAGGAAGUCUGAGCUUCAUUGUGUCUGACGCAACACUGUCUGUGCAAGUUUUCAAGGUGAUGGCACCAAUGCAGCAUGGUAACUCUAUGGUAAUGGUGACAUAUUAUUUGGCACAGCUUCUAAUCGCUGUGGGUGACAUGACAGUAGCAGAAGACACAGAUGACUUUUCAAAAUGGAAGAGGUCCUAAUCAAUAUCCCUGUGGUACUCCAAAAGCUUGUAAUACAUUACAUGCUCUCCAUUUUCAUACGUAUGUCCUGUAAGAGGUGAUGUUUUUUUUAAUGAAAACAUUUUUAAUAUUUUAAAUGGAAGAAUUUAUUUACAAACAAGAUGGAAAAAAAUAUUCAAUAAACUUCAGUUUAUAAUAUUUGCAUUCUG